CUUUCCUCAGAACUAUCAUUGCAUCUUUCGUUCUCUGUUUUGUGCGUCUUCUUCUAUUCAACCAUGAUAGAGUGUGCUCUCGAGUUCAUUCACAAGAUUGCUUCAAAUUCUCUCUUCAUGUUCUUUUUCUGCAACCUCAUCAUCUUCUUGAUCCUCAUGGCCAACUCCAAACUCGACCCAUUAUCCGGUUCGAAGUUUCGGCCCGAGGUGACAUCCCGGUCAACUCUCUCCUCCAAACCCGGUUUCGGGGCAGAACCCUCUCAAUGGAAACCGGGUUUAGAGAUUGAGGGCUCAAAUCCGGUCUGUAAGGCCAUUGAAACGGGUGAUGAAGGUAAGGAACAGAAGAGAACAUACCAGGAAAGUCUCUCAUCCAAACCCGGUUUCCGGGCAAAAACCUCUCAAUGGAGACCGGGUUUAGAGAUUGAGGGGUCAAGUCCAGUCUCUAAAGCAAUGGAAACCGGAGAUGAACAGAGGAGGAGGAGGAUGAUAGUGACAACUAGUGAGCUGACAUUUCAACCAGUGUCGUCGAAAGGCGUGGAUGAUGAGAUGGACGCAACACUUCGAAGAAGAGUGGAAGAGUUCAUCGAUAAAGUUAACAGCCAAUGGAAAUGGGAGAAUUCGACGGCUUGACUUUACCCUUUUGCCUAAUGGACCCGAUUCUUGAUUGUGAUCGAAUCCCGAAAAAUGUAAUUGUUUUCUUCAAUCCUGAGAUUUGUUUUUGUUUUGUAAGCAAUUUGGUACCCAACCCCUAAGGCGGCAUUA